AUGAAAGUCUCCUUGAUUGUUUUAACCGUGUUGGUUGUAGUCCUCGGAUGCUUUGGCAAAGAGGAAAACGUUGCCGAGAAGCCAUUGCAGAAAAGAUCUUUGAAAGACCCACUCAAGCUUCCAGCGGUGAUGGCACGGAAAACACGCAAAAGGCGAUAUGUAACCACGUGCCCCUUUGAUACCACUCGAUGUGACAGCUGGACUGGUUCUUCCAUUUGCUGCCCAGGAUAUAAUGCUGUCUGCUGUUCUGAUGGUUAUCACUGCUGUCCAGAAGGAUAUACCUGUUUCAAAAGUGGUUAUUCUUUGGUUCAUUGCUCAAAGUACCUUGACAAGACAGCUUGA